AUGGCUUCCAUUCUUCGAAGAGCUCGUAAUUUUCUAAGACCUCCAGCGCCACCAUGGAAAUUUCCAGCCACUGGCUUUCCGAUCCUUGACAACAGCUUAGUGGUGGAAGAGGAGCGAGAGUCAUUGUACUCCGCGACAACAUUCUACCCGGCAAAAAUUGGCGAGGUCCUGAACACAAGGUACCAGAUUGUGGGUAAGCUGGGUUACGGAGGCUAUUCUACAGUAUGGCUUUGCCGCGACCUUGCGGACCAUGACUAUGUUGUCUUGAAACUUUGUCGCAGUGACGCGCCUAACAUUAAGAGGGAGAUUGACAUAUACUGGCGUCUUGACAACGUCAGAGCGAAACAUGCCGGUGCGACGCUAGUUCGAAGGAUGCUCGACAACUUCGAGCUUCAAAACCAUGGAUACCACUUCCCGUGCAUCAUCCACAAGCCCUUAGGGAUGAGUUUGGCCAAGUUUAGAAGCAGGGUUCCAGGGAUGAAGCUUCCAGAGAAUAUCUUGAAGCUCACACUGAUACAUAUUCUCAUUGGGUUGGAGUUCCUCCACACUCAUGCUAAAAUUAUCCAUUGCGACCUCCAGGAGAAAAAUAUUCUCCUUGGCAUAGAGAAUAAACAUAUUCUCGAUGAGUUUGCGAAACACGAGCUGGAAUCUCCAACGCCGCGAAAGAUCGAUGGCGCCCGCGUUGUGUACGAGUCAAGGGAUCUCGACAAUACCACAAAUCCAGGGCGCCCUGUUCUUACAGAUUUCGGAGAGGCUCGGCUAAGGGAAGGUUCUCAUACUGGCCUUAUUCAACCGACUCAGUACAGAGCCCCAGAGGUUCUCCUUGGGCUGCCAUGGGACCAUGAGGUGGAUAUUUGGAAUGUUGGAGCAAUGAUAUGGGACUUAUUCGAGGACCGCAAUAUGUUCAAUGCCAGAAAUCCGAAAGGCGAAGUGUCGAUAGAACACCAGUUGGCACACAUUGUCGCGCUUCUUGGCCCUCCCCCAGUCGAUCUGAUCCAAAAGGGCGAUGUCGCACAGAAGUACUUUAACGUAGACGGGUCUUGGAAGGGAACGGUGAAAAUACCCGAGGACAGCCUUGAAGAAUCCGAGCGCAAUCUAGAAGGCGAGAAUAAAGCCUUGUUCCUAGCUUUUGUGAGGAAGAUGAUGAAGUGGAGGCCGGAGGAGAGGAGUGGAGCUAAGGAGCUGCUGGCAGAUACUUGGCUUCGGGACGGAGACCAAUUUGCAGAUCAAUAA